AAUCGUUGGAAGUGUAUGUUUCCGAAAUUUUCUGUUGCAUCUGGUGUUAACUGUGGUAGAAGAUUUGUUUUGAUUGUAAUUUAUCUUUGCAUUGUAUAAGUAACAGUGAACAGAGGUAACAUGUCUGUCGUGGGAUUUGAUGUAGGUAAUGAAAAUUCUUACAUUGCAACAGCUAGAGCAGGUGGAAUAGAAAUGAUCGAAAAUGAAUACAGUUUCCGUUCUACGCCAACCUAUGUUGCCUUUACCGAACGAUCUAGAGAAUUCGGUGUAGCUGCUAAGAACAAAUUAGUAUCCAACCUAGAAAACACCAUUUUUGGUUUCAAGAAAAUUCUUGGGAGAAAGUUCCACGACCCUGUAACUAGACAUGAACUGGCUUAUUUACCAUUUGAAGUCUGCGAACUGCCAUUAGGUGACGUAGGAAUCAAGGUAAAGUACUUGAAUAAAAAUAUUGUGUUUUCUGUGCAGCAGGUAAUGGCUAUGAUCCUUGUUAAAAUGAAAACUCUUUCUGAAAUUAAGUUAGGAAUGAAAGUUCGUGACUGUGUUAUUUCAGUGCCUGUGUAUUAUACGGAUGUUGAACGACGUGCUAUGCUUAAUGCAGCUGAAAUCGCAGGAUUAAACACAUUAAGGUUAAUGAAUGAAUCAACAGCAGUUGCUCUUGCUUAUGGCUUCUAUAAACAAGACUUAUCUAAUGUGUCAAAGAAUGUAAUUUUUGUUGACUUGGGAAAUUCAGCAUUGACAGUGACCGCCUGUGCAUUUAGCAAGGAGAAGCUUAGAAUUUUGGGUUGUGUGUGGGAUAGAAAUAUUGGUGGAAGAGAUUUUGAUAAUGUUCUUGUGAAGUACUUUGUUGAAGAUUUUAAAACUCGAUAUAAUUUGGAUGUUAUGUCCUCAAAACGAGCAGUAAUGACUCUGAUGUUAGAAUGCGAAGCACUGAAAAAACAAAUGAGUGCAAACCCCUUAGAGUUGGGAAUCAACAUUGAAUGUUUCAUGAGUGACAUUGAUGUAAGUGGAAGAAUGAAAAGGGAAACUUUUGAAAAAUUGACCGCCCAUCUUCUGCUGGGGAUUGAAACAACGUUUAAGAAACUACUAGAUGAAAUUCAGUUGAAGAUAGACGAUAUAGAUUCCGUUCAGAUUGUUGGUGGAUCUUGUAGAUUACCAGCUCUGAAAACGAUAAUUGCCCGAGUGUUUGGUCAAGAACCUGUUUCCACUCUAAAUCAGGACGAAGCUGUGGCUCGAGGAUGUGCUUUGCAGUGUGCGCUGUUAUCUCCAACCUUAAAGACAAGGAACUUCGCUAUUGAUGACGUACAGCCAUAUCCCAUAAAAAUAUCAUGGAAGUCAGAAACAGUGGGGGGAGAUGGAUUUGAAAUAUUUCCACGUUUCCACAAAUUUCCUGCCUCUAAAAUGUUGACAUUCGCCAUUAACAGACAGUUUUCAAUUGAUGCGUAUUACGAUGAACCAGGAAUUUCUGCAAGUUUACCGCAAAUUGGCCAAUUUAUAAUUAAAGAUGUACCAUCUACUAAAAAUAUGGAAAAUGCUCGCAUAAAAGUCAGACUUGGUUUGAAUAUUCAUGGGAUAUUUUUUGUUAAUAGUGCAUCGUUGAUUGGGAAACUUAAACCAUGCGAUUGCUCUGAAAGUGAUGCAGAACAGCCGUUUUGUGAAGUCUCUGAAAAAUCAGAUACUUCAGUUACGGAGGAUAUUGAAAAAUUGUCUUGCGAGGUGAAAGCCGAAGGAGAAGAAAUUGAAGCAAAAUCUAAAUCAGUUGCAUCGUAUGAUUUAGUAAUUAGCCCUACAUGUUUGCUUAGCUUUGAGCUUAAUGACCUAAUUAAGAAGGAACAGCAAAUGAUAAAUAUUGAUUUGCAAGAAAAAGAAAAAGCUGAUGCAAGAAAUGUCCUAGAAGAGUAUAUGUACGAUAUGAGAGGUAAAUUAAAAGAUGAGUUAUCUGAGUACGUAUUGGAAGAGCAAAGAAACAAAUUACUUGCAUUUUUAAAUGAAGUAGAGAACUGGUUGUAUGAAACUGAAGAUCGACAGACUGCAGAGUAUUCUUCAAGAUUAAGUGAAUUAAGAAAAUGUUUCGACCCUAUAUUCACGAAAUUUCUCGAUUGGCAACAGAGACCAUUAGUGAUCAAAACGUUCGUGGAUAUGUUGUCGUCAUCGGAUGGAACCUUAAGUUUACUAUCAACUGGCAAAGCUCAGCCAGGCUCUGAAAGCGAAGAUAUAAAAUCGCUCCGUGAUAUGUGGCAGGAAAAGAAAGAAUUUCUGGAUAGAUGCCUUACUAUUUUUGAAAAUUUGCAAAAGCAUGCCGAUAUUCCGUAUACUGUUGAUAUGAUAAGAAGGCAGAUGGUAGAGUUUGAGAAUUACUUCAAGAGAAUUCUGAAUAAAUUUAAAAAAGAAGCAGCCGGAGAGACCAAUACCACUGAGGGUGGAGGUGAUACUAGUAUUCAAAAUGAGUACGAGAAUGAUGUAGAUAUGAUAAAUAAUAAUGUUGAUAUUUCUUCACGCGAGAAGUCUAGGGUGGAUGAGAAACAAAUGAGUGAAGAGCAAUACUAAUUCGGUUUCAUGGAGUUUGAAGUAUAAAAUUAACGAAAGGUAUAAUUAUAAAAUAAUCAUUUUAUUUGAUUGCUUUUUUAUAUUCAAAUUUUCUGCAUUUAUAGCUAUUCGCAUUGCAUAUAUAUUUUUCUGCUUAUUGUUCAUAAAAUUAGAAUGUUUAGUAAUGCAGUAACUAUUUGAUCAUCUUAUACGCUUUGAACUGAUAUUAUUGUACAUUAGAAGUAAAACAAAUGUCUAUUAAUUAUGUGCUCAGAUUGUAUUGCUUUUCGUAGUUUAUUAGAGUGUGAUUUUAAUCUCCAUAGUUUCAAAAUGCACGAUUUAGUUGAUUAAUUUAAAUUAUCACCUGCCUACAAAUGAAGUAAUUUGUUGCAGCAUUUAUUCUGUAGCUUUUUUAAGAUUGCUUUCAGUAAAAUUCUUAUAAUAAUAUGAUAUAUAAUAAAAAUAAGUUAUAAAGUU